GGAGUGGCAGUGGAAUGUAGGGGACAUGUGAUCUGUCACGUGACAGCAGAGCUGCCGAGAGAAGAAAUGGGGCUCAGAGCUUGCCUCCUAGGGCUCCUUGCCCUUAUCGUCACUGGCAGAUGCAGUUACAGCCCGGAGCCUGACCAGCGGUGGACACUGCCCCUAGGCUGGGUGCCCCUGGGCCGCGCAGACCCCGAGGAAGAGCUGAGUCUCACUUUUGCCCUGAGACAGCAGAACCUGGAGAGACUCUCGGAGCUGGUGCAGGCUGUGUCGGAUCCUGCCUCUCCUCGCUACGGAAAAUACCUGACCCUAGAGGACGUGGCUGAACUGGUCCGGCCAUCACCACUCACACUCCAUACAGUCCAGAAAUGGCUCUUGGCAGCUGGAGCCCAGAACUGUCAAUCAGUGACCACAGAGGACUUUCUGACUUGCUGGCUGACUGUCCGGCAGGCAGAGCUGCUGCUCUCUGGGGCCAAGUUUCAUCGCUAUGUGGGGGGACCUGCAGAGACCUAUGUUGUAAGGUCCCCACAUCCCUACCAGCUCCCACAGGCCUUGGCACCCCAUGUGGACUUUGUGGGGGGACUGCACCGCUUUCCCCCCACAUCAUCCCUGAGGCAGCGCCCUGAGCCACAGGUGGCAGGAACUGUUGGCCUGCAUCUGGGGGUGACCCCAUCUGUGCUCCGUGAGCGAUACAACUUAACAGCACAAGACGUGGGAUCUGGAACCACCAACAACAGCCAGGCUUGUGCCCAGUUCCUGGAGCAGUACUUCCAUGAAGCAGACCUGAUUGAGUUCAUGCGCCUCUUUGGUAGAAGCUUUGUACACCAGACAUCAGUAGCCCGCGUGGUUGGACAACAGGGCCGGGGCAUGGCUGGGAUCGAGGCCAGUCUAGAUGUGGAGUACCUGAUGAGUGCUGGUGCCAACAUCUCCACCUGGGUCUAUAGUAACCCUGGCCGGCAUAAGGCACAAGAGCCUUUCCUACAGUGGCUCCUGCUGCUCAGUAAUGAGUCAGCCCUGCCAUACGUGCACACCGUGAGCUAUGGAGAUGAUGAGGACUCCCUCAGCAGCAGCUACCUCCAGCGGGUCAAUGUUGAGUUCAUGAAGGCUGCUGCUCGGGGUCUUACCCUGCUCUUUGCCUCAGGUGACAGUGGGGCUGGGUGUUGGUCUGUCUCUGGAAGACACCAGUUCCGUCCCAGCUUCCCUGCCUCCAGCCCCUAUGUCACCACAGUAGGAGGCACAUCCUUCCAGAAUCCCUUCUCCAUCACAAACGAGGUUGUUGACUAUAUCAGUGGUGGUGGCUUCAGCAAUGUGUUCCCACAGCCUUCAUACCAGGAGGAAGCAGUAGCCCAGUUCCUGAGCUCCAGCCCCCAUCUGCCACCAUCCAGUUACUUCAAUGCCAGUGGCCGUGCCUACCCAGAUGUGGCUGCCCUCUCUGAUGGCUACUGGGUGGUCAGCAACAGAGUGCCCAUUCCAUGGGUAUCUGGCACCUCGGCCUCCACUCCAGUUUUUGGAGGGCUCCUAUCUCUGGUAAAUGAGCACAGAAUACUCAAUGGUCGUCCCCCUCUCGGCUUUCUCAACCCAAGGCUUUACCAACAACGUGGGGCAGGACUCUUUGACGUGACCCGUGGCUGUCAUCUGUCCUGUCUAAAUGAAGAGGUAGAGGGUCAGGGUUUCUGCUCUGGUCCUGGCUGGGAUCCUGUGACAGGCUGGGGAACACCCAACUUCCCAGCUCUGCUGAAGACAUUACUCAACCCCUGACCCUUUCCUGCCAGGAGAUCCGGCCUGUCCCCUGCCCUGCAGCUAGUGGCUAGGUCCCUUAUUCUGCACUGUUGGAAACCCUGCUGAGUCCUCAACUGUUGACUGCUGCAGACAGCUUACCUCCCUAACCCUGUAAUGCUGUGAGCUUGACUUGACUUCCAACCCUACCAUGCUCCAUCAUACUUAGAUCUCCCUACUCAUGCCUCUGGUUCCCCUGCAAGAUGCUAUAACCAGUACUUUUCAGGGUGCCCCAUCUCUUUCUCUUCUCAACCUGGCUUUUCCAAAGGUUGUCCACAGUGUGUGCACUUUUCACUUCAUGUUCACUCCGUAGUCCAUUGCAAUGAGACCUCUGCUUUAAUCGGGUACUCUGUCCUCUGACAAUGAGAAACAAUUGCUUGCUUGCUGCUUCAUCCAUUACAUACUUCUUGAUUUUACUUUAUGGGCUCUCUGUCAUCAUUGCCCACUCCCUAUCCUUCCUUAGCUUUCAGGACUUAACUUCUCCUUCUGUGACUAUUACUGUCUUUCUCCAUCAUGGACUUCUCUUUUUCUGCUUACUUGUUGAAUGCUGGUGUUCACCAUUGCUCCAUCCUUAGUCUUUUGCUCUUCUCACUCUACCCAUUGUCCCCUAGAACGAAUCACUGGAAUCUCAGCCAUCACCGUCCCACUAAAUCAACCUCUAUCCAAUAGUGAUUGAUACCUCAAAUACAAGAUGUCUGAUACUCUACAAUUCAUCUUCCUCCUUGCCAACCCCAAACUAUUCCACCUCUUUUUUUUUUUUUUUUUUUCUUCUUGGUGACUCCUACUAUGCUACUUCAAACCAAGCCAGAAACUUAAGGGUCAUAUUAGGCUCCUAUUUCCUUUACCUUUACCUUUUCCUUUACCUUAUCCCUCCCCUCACCUUCAAUUAACAAGUCCUACUGACUACCUACUAAGAGGUAAAGUAUAUCUAUAUCAAUCCAUAAGUUUUGCCAAUUGUAUUUCCUAAGUAUAUCGGGACUCAACCACUUCUCUCUAUCCCCACUGCUACUACAUUAGUUUGAAACAGUCUCUCUCCUCUAAACAGGAGGCCCUUACAAAAACAGUGUCCUCACUUCCUGCCCUUCCCUACACUAUCUUUUGAGAAUAUGGAUAUCCAAUCAGGUCACUUACUUGAUCAAAACCCUUUAAAAAUGACUGGCUAAAGUUCAGGCUUUUUAAUCAUGGUUCAUGAGACAUGGUCCCUUCCUUGCUAUUUGUGACUGAGGAACAAAUUACUUAUCUUCCCCUUGCACAAUAAACCUCCCACCCCCAACCUUUGCUCAAGCUGUUCUCUCUUACACCUUUGCCUGGUAAAUUUCCAGGAUUCUUUCAAGACUAAACACUCAGAAGUCACCUUCUCUUGUGGAACUCUUCGGUUCCCUGGGGUUCAAUGAGAAAAAUUUAGUAUAGCAAAAAAAAUUCCUAGAUGUUUGCAAUCACCCCUGUUUGAUUCUUGGUUCUGAUAUGUACUACCAGAGGGUCUUGGGCAAAUACUUUUAUCUCCCUGAGCCUGUUUCCUCAUCUGCCUCUCAGAAUAAUCAGGGAAUAAAUGGAAGAAUAUUGAUGAAGUGCCUGGACACUGGAGUAGGCAGCAGAUUUUAGUUCCCUUCCUGCUUUGCACUGCACACCCUGUGCCUACCUCUAGUGUUGCAAGUAUCACAUUGUACUGAAAUUGCCAGUUUACUUAUUUGUCUCCCUUUCCAAGACCAUCGGUGCCUAGGGGACUAGAAUCUUGUCCUACUUAAGGUUGCAUUCCCAGGUUCCAGCUCGGGGGUUGGCAAACAGGAACUCAAUAAAUGCUUGCUGAAUUGAAAA